AUGAGAUUUUUUUUUCUUUCACUGCUGCUGGCAUCAGCUGUUCGAGCGGGAUUGGCACAAAACUACACUAACUAUAAUCCAUGUGGCACGAUAGUAACGGAAACCGACAUAUCUAACGCGGAAGUGGCACUGUCGAGGCUGAACAAAUUUCCACGCCAAAGUACAGAUACAGAGUACACCUUUGAUGUCCAUUUUCAUAUCAUUGCAGCAAACAUGACAGAAAGAGGCGGUUGGGUACCACAAAAACAAAUUGACAAUCAAAUGACGUUUCUCAACGAUCGCUAUGAGGGAACUGGAAUCCGUUUUCAGAUGGUCGGUGUUACUCGUGUAUUGAACCGGCAUUGGUUUGAGACCGUCGACAUUGGUCUAGAAGAAACUGCUCAUAUGCAUAGGGUAUUUCGUCGAGGACGUUCAACAGUUCUUAAUGUGUACACAGUCGGAUUCUAUGGCGCUGGAUUGAAUGGAUACGCGACACUACCGGUAAACUAUCGCUUUUAUCCAAAGGAGGACGGCGUUGUGCUCCUCUAUGCUACCCUUCCAGGCGGCGCUAGCCGUGAACGACAGGGAGGAACUCUUGUGCAUGAAGUUGGACAUUGGCUUGGCCUCAGACACACCUUCCAGGGCGGUUGCACAGGAGACGGGGAUGGAGUAGACGAUACACCGGCACAAGCAGAGCCGCAUUUCGGAUGCCCACGAGGCGUGGAUUCGUGCCCUGGAGGUGGCGAGGAUCCCAUACAUAAUUAUAUGGGUUACACCAGUGAAGCAUGCCGUACGGAGUUCACGGCGGGACAGAUAUCUUUGAUGCACAAAGCUAUUGAGGUCUGGCGCAGAGACCCAUCUAUAUGA